AUGUGCUCAUUGCGCUUUUCGGAAUCAGCUCUUAUUGUAAAUGCUGUUUAUUGCAGAAAGUUCAACCAUAAAGAACAAACUUUUACAAUAAAGGAAUAGAAAAAUUUAUUAUACCAACAUCACGAUUGAUCUUCAAUAUUGUUCAAGAGUCAGAAUGAGAUAGUGACAGUAGUGACACAUAAAAAAUUGUCUGACCUCUAAUUAUUCUGUCGUCUCAUCAGUUUACGUCACUGUUUAGCGGUGUUUGUCUUCGUGUGGUUGAACAUUUUGCGUAUUUAACCAUGGCAUUAUCGAGAAUUGGCAAUAUAGAAAUGCUGAACACUUUAACUCGUGUCUCGCGCGCAGCAUUCCUAGAAAUGCAAUGUGCAACUCCAGCAGCAGUUCACUGGAAGCAACAGCCACUGCAUUUGACCAGUGUACGUUACUAUCCAGAUCCGCCAACUCUUACUCUGCCGAGCAACGUCUGCGAUAUCUUCGCCAAUGAGACUGGUCGCUUUACGCCAGAACGCGCACGCGACAUUGCCUUGUAUGCCGAGAACGGCGGUACUGCGGCAUCCAUGGCAAAGUGUUCCGGAUUCCCUGAGAUCCGCGACGAUGGCCACGUGGACUCGUAUGAUUGUUUCGGCGCGGUCAGCUUGAAUGGCACAAUGCAGAGCAACGUGCCAAAGCCUUUCUCCUCACAUGGCAAAUCCAUGCAUCUCAAUAUGCCCGGUGGACAGUGGUCUCGCGAUGGCAAGUACAUCGCCGAGGACAUGCAGCGCUCCCAUUACCGCAAGUUGUCGUGUACUACAACUAAUGCCUUCAUAACGCGUCCGCUUUUACAAGCGACAUACCAGCCAUACUAUACCAUCAGAAUGAGCUACUCGACUGACAUCCCCAAGAAGGACCAGGUGGUGGUGCCGGUGUCUGCGACGAUGUCGCAACGGGACAGAUUUCGUCUAAUGUUGAGAGAUUAUGGAGGCACUCUGCUCGCCUUUCAUAUUACUAUAUCACUGAUAAGUCUUGGUGGUUGUUACAUGGUGGUUAUUAGUGGGAUCGAUGUAACGCCGUUUAUACAAAACUGGGUUGGCGAAAACGAGCAAUUAGAAAACCUGAUGAAAGUCUCCACGGAUUUCAUAAUAGCGUACACAGUUCACAAAUUGCUCGCACCGAUUCGAAUAGGAAUAUCACUGACCGUGACUCCAAUAAUUGUAAGACGCUUGAGAAAGAUGGGCUUUCUUAAGUUGCCAAAAGCGAAAUCACUACCGCCGACAUCUCCAUAAAAAUCGGAGACAAUCAUUUCUUUUAUAAAAUAUUUCAUCAUUGUAUUUCAUUUGAAAAUGAUUAAAGUAAAAACGAAAUACAAUACAGCGGUAGUACUGUGGAAAGAAAGUAUAAAAAAAUAGUGAUAUUUUUCGAAUAAAAUAUUUUUUUGUAAAUGAGAGCAUAUUAUAAUGUCGAUUUGUGUAUUUUGUAUAAUUUGAAUAAAUCGAGUUUUGAUACUUUGACAUUAGAUAAAUUAAUACAUAUAUAUUAGACAAGAUGUUUAUCUUCUUUUGUAA